AUGGGCGGCGUUCCCGCGCUCGACGGCGCUCUGUUCGCGCGCGUGGCCGUCGUCGUCACGGCGGUCAAAGCGCUGCUGAUCCCAGCGUACCAUUCUACCGACUUCGAGGUGCACAGGAACUGGCUGGCCAUCACACACUCGCUCCCGCUGCGCCAGUGGUACACCGAGGCCACGUCUCCAUGGACCCUGGACUACCCCCCGUUGUUCGCGUGGUUCGAGCGGCUCCUGGCCGUUCCCGCCGCGCGGGUGGACCCCGACAUGCUCCGCGUCGACAACUUGGACUACGAUCCGCACCACGUCGUUGUGUUCCAGCGCGCGACGGUGAUCGUCUCCGACCUCCUCCUCGUCGCGGCAGCGUGGCGGGCCCUCGCUGCGCUGCCGAAUUCAAAAGCGCGGGACGCCGCCGGGUGGUUGCUGGUGCUGGGCACCGUCUGCUCGCCCGGGCUGCUCAUGGUCGACCACAUCCACUUCCAGUACAACGGGGCGCUGCUCGGCCUCUUCCUCUGGUCCGUCCUCGCGCUCGAGGCCGGGAGGGACAUCCUCGGCGGCGUGCUUUUCGCGGCGCUGCUGAACGCGAAACACAUCUUCCUGUACGCCGCACCGGCGUACUUCGUCUACCUGCUCCGCCACUACUGCUUUCCCCCCGCCCCAGGCGCGCUGGGACCGCUGGGACUGCGAAUAUCGUCGCGGGGUUGUGUGCGCUUGCUGUCCCUGGGGGUUCCCGUCGCCCUCGUGUUCGCAGCGUCGCUCGGACCCUUCCUCGCGCUCGGACAGGGUGUGCAGCUCCUCGCGCGACUCUUCCCGUUCCGCCGCGGCCUGUGCCACGCGUACUGGGCGCCGAACGUGUGGGCGGUGUACGCUGCCGCCGACAAGGUCGCCGCCGCGGCGUUCGUCGCCGCCGGCAAGGCGCUGCCGGACCCGAGCGGUCGCGCGGCGCAGGACAUCCCAAGCGGUGGCGCGGGGUGCCCGCUGCGUCUGCUCCCCGACGUCGGCCCCGGCGCCACGUUCGGUCUGACUAUGAUCUCCAUGACUCCGGCCCUCGUCGCACUGUGGCGCGACCCGCAGCCGAAGCGGUUCCUGCGGUGCGUGACAUACUGCAUGAUGUGCUCCUUCAUGCUGGGGUACCACGUGCACGAGAAGGCGGCGCUCAUGGUGUCCGUCCCGCUCGCCGUGAUCGUGGCGCGCAUCGUGGCUGGGGACUCGAUGGACGGCGCCGGCGCGGGCCGGCGCGGACCCGCGAAAGGAACGUCGUCGAAGGGGAAGUUCAGCGGCGGAGAGGCGCUGUGGGCGGCAUGGCCGCUGCUGCUGGCGACGGUGGUGAUGCACGCUGCGCAGUGGCCGCUGUUGUUCCAGCAGCGCGAGUACCCGAUCAAGAUAGGACUCGUCGCCGCGCACGCGCUGCUCGCGUGGUCGGUGGCAAGGGAGAGCGGACUGACGACGAGGGUGACGGAGCGCGUGGGCUGGAUCGGGCGGCUGGCGAGCGCUGGGAUGCGCGCCGUGUCGAUCGGCAUCGUGCCGCUCGAGAUGGUGUGCCUUGUGCUGCGAAACACGGCGUACGGGACCAAGCUCCCGUUUCUGGAGCUCAUGCUGACGUCGCUCCACUGCGCGGCUGGCAUGUUGAUCGCCUGGGCCGUGAUGUUGGCGACGUUGUGA